GAUGAGAGCAAGAAGAUGGUGGCGACGCGGAUCUUCGGCACUGAGUGGUGGGCCGGCUGUCUCGGCAACAAGUGCGACCACGUAGGCAAGCACGUCUGGCCCGCCGAGAGCAUCGUCGAGUACCACAUCGAGUUCUGCGACUUCAUCGUGUCCAACUUCGAGGAGUUCCGCCACGCCGCGAAGCCCGAGUACGCACCCCGCCCGUACGUCGACAGCAGGUUCGACUUGUUUUGGCUCGGUCGGAAGCUUCUGGAGCCCGACGGCAAGAAGAAGAGAAAGUUGGGCCGUGUGGACUCGUCUGCGUCGGCCUUGUCUCAACCAGUUGCCUGCGUCAGCCCGACCAUCGAGGAGAUCGAGGAGAUCGAGGAGAUCGAGUCGGAGGACGAGAAGACCGUCCCGCAGGAGCGCGAGCCAGCGAGCCCCACGUCGGAGGUGGAGCAGAUCGCCACCGACUGCUCAGCUGGCCCAUCGCGCGGCGCCCAGGAGGCCGACAUCGAGGCGCGCAGGGCCAUCGAGAAGCAGGACGCCGAGCUCGCCGCGCGCAUGCAGCAGGAGGAGAUGCGGCAGGCCGUGCAGGACUCGGGGCUGCGCGCAACCGCACCCUAUCAUGUUGAGGCUUAG